UAUAUAUAUUUUUAAAUAUCUUGCACGUAAGACAUCAUGCCUGUGGAAGUAUGGGUUGGUCCUUGGAAGCCCCACAGGCCCAGGGGCCCCAUUGCUGCAAUGUACAACAGUCCAGGGCCAACAUAUUCUCUGCCAGGGGCAACUGGAAUGAACAACCAUGACCCGCGGAUGCAGCAAGGCCCAGCGUUUAGCUUCGGCACACGUCAUCGUGACUCACACGCCAACUCUUCCCCAGGUCCUGGAUACCUCGUUCCCUCCAACAUCACCAGGGUGGGUCGGGAUGGAACCCCUGCGUACUCCGUCUACGGCCGACCGAAGGAUAUUCAGCCCUUUAAAACCCCUGGCCCAGGCAGUUACUCCCCUGAAAAUGCAAUAAAAACCACCUUUCACUCUGCCCCUGCGUUCUCUCUGUCUGCAAGGACUAAACUGUUUCGUAAUGACCAAACACCAGGUCCGGCUGCAUACAUGCUUCCCCCAGUAUUAGGGCCAAGAGUUGUGAAUAAAGCGUCUGCCCCAAAUGUCUUCUUUGGCGGUCGUAGCGAAAUCGGCAGCUUCUAUGAAGAUCUACGGAAGACUCCAGGCCCAGGGACCUACCAAGUGGUGAAUUCAGGGGUGUACAAACGCAAGUCCCCUGAGUACAGCAUGACUGGACGCAACUUCUCACCUGGAGACACUACAAAGAAACCAGGACCUGGGGCCCACCAUCCGGAAAGGGUUACUUUCACAGGAACCAAAGCUCCCAGCUUUUCCUUUGGAAUUCGACAUUCAGAGUACACCUUUCCUUUAAUUGUGGAUGGGGCUGAUUAAACAGGUCAAUUCUGUUAAACAA